AUGCCGAAAUCGAUUCACGAGAAUCAACGAGGUUAUGUUGGGGUUACGCAUGAGCUAGGAAGAACUAUUACUAUUGGUAUAAUUAAAAGAAGAAACAGAGAGAAGGGAGAAUCGGUGUUCGAAGUUCACCUUGUGGAACUGCUUUGCGUGGAGUUGAAAGGUUUGUUGCAGAGUUUGGAUUUGAGUGACGGUGUACAUUCUGAAGAAAAGCUGCAUAAUAUUGUUUCGGUUGACUCUGAUAAAACUGAAAAUGGAGAUGCAGUUGCAGGAAAAUCAUCUAAUCUAGCAGCUUCAAAUGUAACUGAGAACCCUUACAGAAAUGAGAGGUCUGAAUCUGAUAACUUUGAUAGUGGCAAGUCCCAAGGUAACAAUGAAACGAGUGAAACUCAGAAUAUUGAUGCCACGAAGGAUGAAACGUCCGAAAGAGACACUCAAACAAAUGAAACUGAUGAAACAUCAUACCCAUCCUCUACUAAUGAAAGUUUGGAUUCAGUUGAACUUGAUGUCAUCGAUUCUUCUGAUAUUCGUAUCCACAAGGAUGCUGCCGAAGUUCGAACCGAUUUGGAUACAUUGCCAGAUAUCAGAAGUGAAGUAGAUAAUGAAACUGUCGUAAAGUGA